AUGCAAUCUAGAAGAUCAAGAACCUCGAUUUCAAUCUCGCAACAGAGAAUGCUAUCGCAUUCCAUGUCUGGUUUGUCGCUCGAACAGCAAAAAAUGCUGUACUACGUGGGUGUAGACGUGGGAACAGGCUCUGCUAGAGCCUGUAUCAUCGACAGCAUGGGUAACAUCCUGUCUUUGGCCGAAAGACCUAUCCAGAGAGAACAACUAAAGCCCAAUUUCAUCACACAGUCGUCGCAGGAGAUCUGGCAGGCGGUGUGUCACUGUGUGAAAUCCGUGGUGCGGGACUCAGGAGUGCCCAGCGAGAAAAUCCACGGUAUAGGUUUCGAUGCCACCUGCUCGCUUGUGGUGGUGGAAGAACAGUCCAACAAAGAGGUGGCCGUAGGCCCGGAUUUCAGCAACACAGACCAGAACAUCAUCCUAUGGAUGGACCAUCGGGCCAUCCAAGAAACCGCAGAAAUCAAUGCCACGGGUGACAAAUGUCUCAAGUACGUUGGUGGCCAGAUGUCUGUGGAAAUGGAGAUCCCCAAGAUCAAAUGGCUCAAGAGCCAUCUUCCAGACAACAAAUUCGCAAAUUGCAAGUUUUUCGAUCUGGCAGACUACCUGACGUUCAAAGCGUCCGGCAAAGAAACCCGCAGUUUCUGCUCCACGGCCUGCAAACAGGGUUUGUUGCCCGUGGGCGUGGAGGGCUCCACUGAAGGCUGGUCCCGCGAUUUUUUCCACCAAAUCGGGCUCGAUGAGCUGGUGGAAGACGAUUUCCGCAGAAUCGGAGGCUCCGUCAAAAACGAUAACAAGGGCAAGAACUUCCUCAGUGCUGGUGAGUUCAUCGGAGCCAUCGACGAGUCUGUGGCCGAAGAACUGGGUCUUUCCAACCACUGUGUGGUCGGGUCCGGUGUGAUCGACGCCUACGCCGGUUGGGUCGGUACAGUCGCUGCCAGAACCGAUGUUUCACUUCCAGCGUUGGCCAAGAGCGAUCGCGAAAAAGUUGGCAUUGACCGUGCCACAGGCCGUCUCGCGGCCGUGGCAGGUACUUCUACGUGUCACAUAGCCAUGUCUCGCGACCCAGUCUUUGUUGACGGUGUGUGGGGUCCCUACAGAGACGUGAUGGCCAACAAAUUUUGGUGUGCCGAAGGUGGUCAAAGUUGCACAGGCGCUCUGCUGGCACAUGUCUUGACCACCCAUCCAGCCUACACGGAAUUGUCGCAAUUGGCCGACGCUGCUAGCGUCUCAAAAUUCGACUAUUUGAACUCCAGACUAGAAAGUUUGGCUCAUCAGAACAAGGCUCGUUCUGUGGUUCAUUUGGCAAGACAUUUGUUUUUCUACGGUGAUUACCACGGUAACAGAUCCCCAAUCGCCGAUGCCUCCAUGCGUGCGGCCAUCAUCGGUCAGUCCAUGGAUAACUCCAUUGACGAUUUGGCCCUAAUGUACUUGGGUGCUUGUGAGUUCAUUGCUCAACAGACGAGACAAAUUGUCGAAAAGAUGACCACUUCAGGCCACGACUUGUCCACGAUUUUCAUGUCUGGUGGCCAGUGCCGUAACGGUCUGUUGAUGAGAUUGCUGGCCGAUUGUACGGGGUUGCCAAUUGUUAUUCCAAGAUACAUCGAUGCUGCCGUAGUGUUUGGUUCGGCCCUUCUAGGUGCCGUGGCCAGCGAGAGUUUCGACAAGAGUGGUGCUCAAACGGCCAUAUCCGCAAGCCGUAAGUCAUCUAUUGCUGGCGAUCCAUCUCACCAUAACACCAAGAGCAGUCUAUCGAAAUUCGGGAACGUUGUUAACGACGAUUUGCCCUCCCCUUACACUGCUCCUUCUGCUACUGCCAGCACUUCUCAGAUCGCCACUGUUGGUUUCCCAUUCCCAUCCGCGGAUGAUCCUCAAGAGGACCAACUCGACGAAGAAGAGGAAAGUGGGUCUGAGUUGAACUUCAAGGCCCAAUCUAAAUGGAAGAAAGACAUGGAAGACCGUAUGAAGGGCAGAUCUUCGGACAACGGUGACACCAUGUGGAACGUCAUGUACACCAUGACCGGCAGCGGUAAGGUUGUUCAACCUUGUGCCGAUGACCACCCAGACCGUGUGCUGUUGAACACCAAGUACAAGAUUUUCCUCGACAUGGCCGACACCCAAAGAAAGUACAGAAAGAUGGUGGACGCUGUCGAGAAAUAA